AUGUCCUUCGUGCGCCUGGUGCUGGUGUGCUCGCUGGUGGGGCUGAUCGAGUCCAACCCGGCCGUGGACAGUGGAAGUGUCGUCAACCACUCGGAACCGGAGCAUGGAACUCUCAGCAAGGCGGCUCUCGAGGACAGCUUCAUUCGGCGGCUGGGCGGCAAGUGCACGCAGAAGGACAACAGCUCGUGCGUGAUGCUGAAGCUGGUCACCUACAUGAACCGGAUGCUGAAAAAGUCCAGCAUCAACCUCGGGGAGAGCCUGGAGCUGAUGAAAACGCGCUCGGACGAGCAACUGUCGGAGACGGACGCCGAGGAGCUGUCGGUGUUGGCCCGCUCGAGCACCUCCGACGAUCACAAGCUGAGCGUGAUGGUAGCAGACAAGAUCUGGCGCUUCAUCCACAGCCGCAGCAUCCGGUGGCGAGCGACCCGUGCAACCGACGUCGUAGUAGCAUCCGGCGAAGGUGGCAAGCUAAACCUGGGCGUCUCCCUGGACACACGCCGUCUGUUCGAGGAAGGCCGUGGCCGGCUCAAGCAAUACGCACCGAUACUGGCCGCGAUCGUCAUGAAGGCGGUGUUGGUGGGCGCGCUCGUCCUGAAGGGCAUAGCCCUGCUCGUUGGCAAGGCCUUGCUCGUCUCGAAGCUCGCGCUCGUGCUGGCCAGCGUGCUUGGCAUCAAGAAGCUGCUGCACAAGAAGUACGUCACCUACGAGGUGGUGGCACAUCCGCCCGAACCACACCAUCACGUCGACACGUACAGCUCCGGAUGGGCCCGGGCUCUGGAUGGUUUCGUCGAGUCGUUCUCGAACGAGCUCAACCGGCGUCUAUCGGUCGACGCCCACGACCUAGCCUACCAGCACUCGGCGGCCGCCCACUAG